AGCCGGGCUCAAGUGGCUCAAAGUCCGGCCGACGCGACGACGCCGGGCGGAAGGAAAUCAGCCCGUCCAACCCUUUGGACGCCGCAGGUCCAUAUCCGAUAGUGUGAGUGAAUUGAAGCAAUGGAAGGUUCCCAGACUGCGCAGACUCAUCCAGCAUGGUGUGGGAUUUAUGGCGUGGGCAUCAUCGGCAGUUUGGUGCUCUACGGCAUUUUCCAGGAAGGCAUCAUGACGGUGCCUUAUGAUGGAAGUCUUUUCAAAUUCUCUGUUUUCCUUGUACUUUGCAAUCGCCUUGCGGCAGUGAUCUUUGCGGUAGUCAUGGCUAAAGCCAAGGGUGAGCGAAUGGCCAAUGAGGCCCCAAUCUGGAAGUAUCUCAUUGUGUCCCUGUCCAACGUUUAUGCCAGCAGCUGUCAAUAUGAGGCCCUGAAGUAUGUGUCGUUUGCUGUUCAAAUGUUGGGCAAGAGCUUCAAGAUGAUGCCAGUGAUGAUUUGGGGCAUCAUCAUUUCUCGAAAAUCAUACAGCAUGCGCGAUUGGAUGGUGGCUUUGGCUGUCACACUGGGAUGCACCGAGUUCCUGAUGACAGGACCCACUCAUUCCAAAGUGAACUCUGCAAACAGUAUGAAGGGCUUCAUGCUGCUGGGCGGCUUCUUGGUCUUGGAUGGGCUGACCUCCACCUUUCAAGAGAAGCUCUUCAAGGAGCACAAGACCACCAAGUACAAUCAGAUGUUGUACAUCAACCUGCUGUCGGCAACGGUUUCUGCUGUAACGCUUUUGGCCACAGGUGAUCUGAUGCCAGCUAUUUCCUUCGGUAUGGAGCACCCCAAGUUCUUGCUCGACUCUGCCCUACUUAGCGGCUCUGCAGUUGCCAGUCAGUGGUGCAUCUACUCGCAGAUCAAGGAGUUUGGGGCCUUGGUUUUUGCCGCAACCAUGAACGUCCGACAGGUGGUGUCCAUCUUGAUCUCUUACGUGAAAUACCACAAUCCAGUGACCGGCCUGCAGAUCCUGGGCCUUCUGAUGAUUUUUGCGGCUUUAUUCUUCAAAUCGAUUGCGGCGAUUAUGGACACUCCAAAUGCGGAGAAGAAGCCUCUCACCAAAGACUUGAAGGUCGAGAAGGCAGAGGAUGCGCGAACAGAUGGUGACAAGAAAGUCUGAGAAUGCCUUAAAUGUUGACACCCAGAAGUUGCGUGUUCUGAGCUUUGAGUGGGCCAAGCAGCAAUUUCCA